AUGCUUGCCUCGAUAUCUCGCCUGCAGCACGAUCAGAAUCCGCGCGUGUCUGUGCCGGCCUAUCUCGCAUCGCUCCCAUGUGCGCUUCUCACCCUCGACAACCUCGAGACAGUAUUAAACUCUGAUAGUGCGAAUGUGGAGAACUGGCUUGGAGUGAUUGCGCAAAUUUCUCACGUUUCGCUCUUGAUCACCAUGCGAGGAUCUACGCCGCCUACUACUGUGCGAUGGACGAGCAUCUGCCGCGAUCCUCUCUCGCCGCUCUCAUUGUCAGCGUCAAGAGAGACGUGGAUGGAUUUGACGUCGAGCGAAGAUAAGAAGCUCGAUGCGCGCCUCGCGAUGCUGGAUGGAUUACCGCUGGCGAUCAAAUUGAUGGCGACGCUGGAUCAUGCCGCCACUCCAUCGGAACUGAUCGAGAUGUACAAUGCGGAGAAGACAUCACUGUUAGGGAUUGAUGGUGACACGCGAUUGAAGAGCCUGGACGUAUCAAUUCGGUUGUCCCUCAAUUCUCGCACCAUGGCUAGAAAUCCUCAAGCAAUGGAUGUGCUGUCGAUGCUUUCGCUCUUGCCUACUGGACUGCUGCUUUCUUCUAUAGGCGAUGUGGUUCCAUCAAUGGACGCACCAAGAGCAAAUGCACUGGUGCUGGUGAAGACCGGGCUGGCGAUACGUGAGAAGGAUCGGAUCCGGUGCUUGGCUCCCAUUCGAGAGUUCGUGAUGCGAUACCACCCACUACGACCGGGGCCUCUGGCGGAAGGACGGGGCUAUUUCAUGCGAAUGACGGACGAGGUAGAGGAUAUCGGCACAGAAAAGGGUCGUGAAGUGACAGCACAUCUGUUAACCGAGUUCAGCAACAUCACCUCCAUCCUCUGGAAUUUCUGGGGGGAACGUUACCAACAAUGGAUGCUCGAUGUUUCGAAGGAAUCAUUGACGCGUGCCACUCAGCGGCUGGGCGAUUUCUCGCAAUUUGCGUUCAUAGGAGAUUGCGCGGAGCUGUUGGAAUAUGCCUGCACACAGCUGGAGAGGGAAGGUGACCAGGGAAACGCGGGGAUGUGUCUAAGUUUAAUCGGGGAAAUUCUGAGCAACCAGAUGGAACCUGAAGAGGCUUGUAGUCAAAGGAUUGGCGAGAUCUUCCGUAUGCAGACGAAGUAUGAGGAGACGAUUGGACUUCUGGAGGAGGCAAGGACGGAAUUUCGAAUGAUUGGGGACCGCCUUAGCAUCGCUCAGUGUACUGAAAGUAUCGGCAACAUCUUCCGUAUGCAAGCGAAGUAUGAAGAGGCGACUGAGCUUCUGGAGGAGGCGAGGGCGGAAUUUCAAACGAUCGGGUCCCACCUUGACAUCGCUCAGUGUACACGAAGUAUUGGCGAUCUGUUCCGCAUGCCGGGGAAGUAUGAAAAAGGGACUGGGCUUUUGGAGGAGGCGAGGACACAAUUUCGAACGAUUGGGGACCGCCGUGGCGUCGCUCAGUGUACACGAAGUAUCGGGGAGAUCUUUUUUUGGCAAGGGGAGUAUGAGGAGGCGACCGGGCUUCUGGAGGAGGCAAGGGCGGGAUUUCGAACGAUUGGGGACCGCGUUGGCAUCGCUCACUGUGCAUACAACAUAGGAUUCGUUCUUCACCAACAAGGCAAGUAUGCGGAUGCGAUCGCCUGUCUGACAGGUGCAAGAACGGACUUCGGAGCGGUUGGAGCCCAUAGAGCGGCGACUGAGUGCACCGAGACGAUUGACAAUAUCAGAAGCAAAAUUGCCAGAGCGCGGCAACAGUAA